CGCCUCCACCACCACCGCCUCCUCCACCAACGCCUCCACCUCCACCACCAACGCCUCCACCUCCUUCUCCUCCACCUCCUGUGCCGCCGCUGCCGCCACCACCGCGGCUGCUGCUGCUGCUGCCGCCCCCCACUCGCUCCCGGCCUCUCCGUGGCGUGCCAACACCACCAACAACAACACCACCUUGGGCAAUACCACCACCACCGGCAACACCACCUCCACCAACACCGACACCAACACCGGCAGCAGCAGCAGCGGGAGAAUGGACAGCGGCCGCGACGAGGAGCCCCGUGAACGCCUGGAGCCGCUCUCAGACACCGAGCUGGCCAUCAUCCAGGACACCUGGGCACGCGUCUACGAGAACUGCGAGGACGUGGGGGUUACCAUCCUCAUCAGGUUCUUUGUGAACUUCCCGUCAGCGAAGCAGUACUUCAGCCAGUUCCAGGACAUGGAGGACCCUGAGGAGAUGGAGAAGAGCAGCCAGCUGCGUCAGCACGCCCGCCGCGUCAUGAACGCCAUCAACUCCGUGGUGGAGAACCUCAGCGACGCCGACAAGGUGUCCUCCGUCCUGAGCUUGGUGGGCAAGGCCCACGCGCUGAAACAUAAGGUGGAGCCGGUGUACUUCAAGAUCUUGAGCGGCGUGAUCCUGGAGGUGCUGGCCGACGACUUUGGCGAGUGCUUCACCACCGACGUGGCCCGCGCCUGGACCAAGCUGAUGGGCGCGCUCUACUGGCACGUGACCGGGGCUUACGCAGAGGUGGGCUGGGUCAAAGUGUCCAGCUCCGCCGUGUGAGCGCUCUGAUUGGAUAUGGGCUCGACCAAUGGGAAAAAGGAUAGGGGUCUGACUAAAUGCGUGGUGGAGGUUGGUGGUGGGGGGUGGGUAGAAAGGAAAAAGUGCGAUGUGAGCAUAAUGGCUAAAUCAUCUAAUUAGAGUUUCUAACUGUGUUCUACUGUUGCUGCCCCAAGACCCUCUGCUUCUAGGCACAUGUCUGCUCAGUGUGACAGAAGCAUAGUGUGUGUUAACUCUCCAACCCCCCAGGUGUUGUCUGUAGUGCUAAGUGAGUGAGUGUGUAUCUAUGUACGCCCUCAUACAAAAAAAGCUUGUUUUCAGUUCCAUGUCAGUCAGUACAUGUCCUUAUUAAUAUGCCACGGGACACAACAUGUGCAUACUUACAUACACACAUACACAUAUGCUCACAAACAGACAUACACACACAUACACACAUGCGCACAUGUACACAUACACACAUACACACACACAUACACACACAUACACAUAUUCACACACACACACAGAUACACUUUUGCUGCAUAUGAUGGGGUCCAAAAGCCUAAUUUAUGUCCUCACCUUCAGAAAACUGCACACAAGCAUGAGGAAGCACACGUGCAUAAACACGUGUGCACACAGCAAAAAUGCUGCCAUCGGAAAGGAUUAUAAUGCGACACCAUCCCUUCCACACAGUCUAAACUGAAUUAGUAUUAUCCCUUCCACACAGUCUAAACUGAAUUAGUAUUAUCUGAGUAUUUUGAUUACAUUUAAUGAAUAAUGAUAAAGGCCUAUUAGAAAUCAUCCACUUGUAUACCCACUCCACUCUUCUCAAAAUGGAGCUAAUUGCCGUAGUCCUCCCACAGCUGUUCUCAGCAUCAGGCUGCCCCCUCCCGACUCUGGCCACUCUGACUUGGCUCUGUGGAUCGGUGGAGGCUCCCCCCGGCAGGGCCGGCAUCUGGCAUGGGGCGGAGGUCACAGGGCCAGCCUCUGGUUCCGCUGUCCUCCGUCUCCCCCCUGUCAUUUCAGUCUAAUGAUGGAGGUAAUGGAUCCCCGAUGGCUGAUGGCACCAACACCGGCACCACCCCACCCCCCACCCACCAAGACGACUUCCUUUCCAGGAAAUGGAGAGAGAGAGAGGCAGAGAGGAAAUAUUUAGACUCUGCCUCAAUCCAGUAGGCUAAUAACACUAGUCUAACACACACACACACGCACACACACGCACACGCACACGCACACGCACACGCACACGCACACGCACACACACACGCACACACACACGCCUAAGUAGUCACAGCGAGGUGAGCAAUAACAAUACUCUUAAGACUGAGUUUUUGACUGUUGUUUAUAAUUCAGAUCCCCCCCCAAACACACACACACACACACACACUUCUCCCUCCAUUUUGACGUCAGCACUCUGGCAUGAGCUCCAGGCUCUUUGAGGACCAGGUCCCUCCCUCGAUCCCUCACUCUAUUAAUGCAGCUUUUUGUAGCAGUCGGCAGGCAAAUGUUUGUAUCUGAGAGGACCACUCUUGGCAGUUUGUUUAAUAAACACUGCCGUGUGCCAUCUGCAACUCACAUAAUGGCGACGUACUGUUUUCCUCUUCCUCCUCCUCCUCGUCCUCCUCUUCCUCCUCCUCCUCCUCCUCCUCGUCCUUAUCAGUCGACACUCAUCUUUUCCUUCCUUCAUUCUUCUUCUCCUCCUCCCAUCUUCCUUUCCUCGCCCUCGCUCCCUCCCUCGCUCGCUGUCCCUGCUUGACAGCUGUGUCCAUUAGAGUGUUGCCCCUGCCCACCCACUGACAGCCUCACACACCUCUCUCAGCGAAAGCCAUCAGCCGGUCAACCUGCCGCUCUCGGCAGAACCAGGAGACUUUGGUCACUUCAGAGGAGCGGAGACGACAGAAAUGAGAAUAUCGACGCAGAACAAAUUGACUCACAAAACACAAUUGAUUGACAAAUACAAAAAAAUUAAGUGAUUUGAGUGACCGCUACUGACUUCUGAAUUAACUUAAUUCUCACCUGACAGACAUGCUUAAAGUGAUCGCCUCAGCAGUAGACUCUAUGACUGAGUUGAUUUCCCUUCUCUUGCCAUUAGCUUAGAAGGACACAAUAGGAUCUAGCAGUCUUGUAGGAAUACUAGCGAUGACUGGUACAUGUAUGAUGGCUACUGACAGACUGCACUCACUGGAAUAGCUAUCAAGUAGUGCACGCCUGACCUAUCACAUACACACACAUGUACAUGCAACACACGAUUCAACACAGAAAUGUGGAUCAUUGACAUGGCACAGACUGUCGGUGGGCUUUUAAGAUGUACAUUUUCCUUCUAACAGCCUUAUGUGCCAGUACUGUUGUGAAUCUUUUUCUUUCUAUCUUUCUCUUUCGUCCAUUUAAAGCUUGGACUUUAUAUUUUUCUAAGUAUAAGAACAGAAACGUUAUCUGUACAUGUCUUUGAAUAUAAUUGUAUAUGAUUCUCAUUACACUGUUGCUUGGGAACCAAGGUGGUAUAUGUGCUGUUUUAGUAUGUUUGCACAGCCUAACCUUUGCAAACUGGUGAUGGAUUAUUAAUUAUAAUUAUCAAUAAACAGAUUACCUAAAGUAA